CACACACACAUCACUCUGUCUUGCCUGCUGGUGUGUUGCUUUGUUGUGCAGUGCACCCAGUCCUAGUGGAGUCCUGCCUUGGAGGAAUGGCUGUGCGCUCUCUGGGGGACGUGGCCAGAGUGGACAAAUCAUGCUAAUUGUCUGGGACAGAAACGGAGUGCUAAACCCAAGAUGAAGACAGAGAGAGAGGCUCUCUCAAAAGCCAUAGCCGCUCCUCAACUUUUGCUAUUCUGGUGUCUCCUUGUUUUGUCCCAGUCAGGAAGUGUCGAGGGGGUCAACAUCACCAGCCCUGGCUCCCUGAUCCGGGGGACGUUGGGCGGGGAGGCACUCCUCUCCGUCCGCUACAGCAGCUCCAGCCCCGAUGCGCCUGUCAUCAAGUGGCAGCUGAAGAGGGACGACAAGCCUGUCACUGUGGUCCAGUCCAUUGGCACCGAGAUCAUUGGGAACCUGAGGCCAGAGUACCGGGACCGCAUCCUGGUGUUUGAGAAUGGCACCCUCCUGCUCCACAACCUCAAGCUCUCGGACGAGGGCACCUACGAAGUGGAGAUUUCAAUCACGGAUGACACAUUCACUGGAGAAGGGAGUAUCGACCUAACUGUGGAUGAGCCCAUAUCCAGGCCUUAUGUCCACAUGGAGGCCUCCUCAGUGCUGGAGCUCAGCGAGCACUUUACCCUCAACUGCUCCCACGACAAUGGAACCAAUGCCAAGUACAGCUGGCAGAAAGGCGGUAAACCGCUGACCAAUGAGACGCGCCUGCAGUUGUCACCUGACCAGAAGCUCUUGACAAUUGUGCGGGUGCUGAUGGUGGAUGAUGACAUCUACGGCUGCAUGGUGGAGAACCCUAUUGGCAGCAUGAAGAGCCUGCCCAUUAAACUCACUAUCUACAGGAGGAGUUCCCUCUACAUCAUUCUCUCCACCGGGGGUAUUUUUCUUCUCAUCACCUUGGUUACAGUAUGCGCCUGCUGGGGGCCUUCCAAGAAAGAACGUCAGAAACGUCAAAUGAAGCCCAGAGGUUUGGCAGGCCUGCCAAGGCAUUUAAUAGAACACCCUGAUUAUUCCCAAAUCAAUCAAAUGAAGCCCAAAGGUUUGGCAGGCCUGCCAAGGCAUUUAAUAGAACACCCUGAUUAUUCCCAAAUCAAUCAUGCAGUUCGAGUUUUACCAAAAAUUAUGACUGAACAUGAAUGCAAGAAUCCAGUGGCACUCUACAUCCUCAAAAAGGAUUCCCCUCAGGAAGACCAUGACUCACCUGGCAACAUAGGCCUGGGCCUCCCCUCUGCACCACCUAGAAGCCCUCCCAGCUACAGCAGCUCCCUGCCCCCCUCCUCACACUCCCCUGACCCCCCUGCCCGCUCUUCUCGCAGGUACCCUCGCACCCCAGUCAGCUCCCCCCCUUCACAUCACAACAACAAGUUGCAGAGCAAAACCUCCACCCCCUCCCCGCCCCGCACUAGAAGCUCCAGGCGCAUGUUCCGCAACCCAGGGGGCAUACUACCUGCCCCUCAGUUGGAAGAGCCCACCCCCAUACUGGAGAUCAAUGGCACCACUCAGCCCUGAUUGUCUAUAUGCAAGUCCUGGAGAGAUGCAGUGUGUGCAGGCUUUUGUUUCAGCCCAGCACUUACACAUCUGGCCUAAAUUUAAGACCAUGAUUCAUUUAAACAUAGGCACCAAAGGGAACAAACUGGACAUUCAUUUUCUUUUUUCGUUGCAAAAUGAUUUAAAACCGUUUAUUUUCAGUGCCCUAAUGAAUAUGACCCUGGUGUGUUGAAGCUGGGCCAGGAAAAAACGCUUCCACACACCAUGGCCCCUGUGGUCCAUGCCUUGGAGCUGCAGAGAGAUGUGUAUAUUUCUGUAUGUUCACAUGGUGACUGUAUGUAUGUAAAUAUGUUUUUAUGACGUGAUAGUGCAGUAAUGUUUGUCUCAGAACCCAACACAGCACUUUAAUAUUCUCUCCUCAAUGGAUUUGUAAAUACACUGUCAUCCUCCACAACUGUAUGGGUCAGUUUAGUUUUCAAGUUCUGACAUGUUAGCCAAUUUGUUUAUUUACAUUUACAUUUAAGUCAUUUAGCAGACGCUCUUAUCCAGAGCGACUUACAAAUUGGUGCAUUCACCUUAUGACAUCCAGUGGAACAGCCACUUUACAAUAGUGCAUCUAAAUCUUUUAAG